AUGCGAUCACAAAUAAAUUACAUCCAGUUAUUGAAUUCAGAGAGAUACUAUUUAAAGGAAACUAUUGAAGAAUCCAUUUCAAUCACUCCACCCGCUUUAUCUACUUCAUUAACAUCAACCACGGAAGAAAUAGUUGAUAAUAACAUUGAAUCUGACCUUUGCAAACAAAAGGAAAAUAGUAUAUGCGGUUUUCAUGUACAUCAACCAAUAUGGAAUGAAUUAUGUUAUGGAAGAGGAUCGCAAAAGAAUCAUCCCGAGCUAAACACAUGUCCUUUUUUCAACUUUACAUAUUGCGUUUUCUUUGAAACUAUAAAUGGUUUUCCCAUCAAUACGCCUUCUGUGCCAAGAUGUUAUUGUAACAAACCAAUAGUUUUGAGAAGAAUCGGUGCGAAUAGUAAUAAUUUUGGAAAAUGGUUUAUGUCAUGUGCAAGUUACCAAAUACCAGGAGCAAGACCAAAAUGUGCAUGGUUUAAAUGGCCCGGACUGGUUAAAUAUGAUAGUAAAGAUCAAUGUAGUCAUGAUGAUAUUUACAGAUUUGAACAAGUCUUGAUUAUUGAAGCAAGAUAUCAAAAAUGGCAAUAUGAAAAGAAUUUAGGAAGUAAAUUGAUUGCCAAUUUACAAAAAGAAUUAUGGGAUUAG